UUAGAAAUCUGGUGAUAACUUGAAGCCCAUUAUAAAUGGGUAAUGGGCUUUUUAUUUAUAUAAUUAUCUGCCCAAUUUAUUUUUUCAGUGCUUUACUGGAUUUAAAAACCCUAAGUUCCUUACUUUAAAUCAGUGACAAUUCCUACCUUGCGCCGGUGGUUUGCGGCUCUUCGAAAAUGGGUGCGUACAAGUAUGUGUCUGAGCUAUGGAGGAAGAAACAAUCCGAUGUGAUGAGGUUUGUGCAGAGGGUGAGGUGCUGGGAGUACAGACAGCAGCCUUCCAUUGUCCGUCUCGUCAGGCCUACUCGUCCCGACAAGGCUCGCCGUUUGGGUUACAAGGCCAAGCAGGGCUUUGUGGUGUACCGUGUACGUGUGAGACGUGGUGGAAGAAAGAGGCCAGUGCCAAAGGGUAUUGUGUAUGGUAAACCCACAAACCAGGGAGUUACUCAACUCAAGUUCCAGAGGAGCAAGCGUUCUGUUGCUGAGGAGCGUGCUGGAAGGAAACUGGGCGGUCUAAGAGUCGUCAACUCCUACUGGCUCAACGAGGAUUCGACGUACAAGUACUACGAGAUCAUCUUGGUUGACCCGGCACACAACGCUGUGCGUAAUGACCCGAGGAUCAACUGGAUCUGUAACCCGGUGCACAAACACCGUGAGCUCAGGGGACUUACAUCGGAGGGAAAGAAGAACAGAGGACUGCGCGGAAAGGGUCACAGAAACCACAAGAACCGCCCGUCUCGCAGAGCUACGUGGAAGAAGAACAACUCUCUCUCCCUUCGUCGUUACCGUUAAUUUGCCUUUUGUUCUAUCAUCUUCUUCUCGUUUAUUUCUCGCAUGUUGUUGACUUUGUGUUUUUGGAGACUAUACAAUUGCGUUCGAAUUACUGUUUUUGAGAAAACACUUUGUAUUCACUUCCCUUGUCCACUUUUCAUAGAUCACUUGAGAAUAUGUUCCUUCAUAUUCAACCCAA